AACUCUCUUUUUCCAUUGCUAUAAGCAAAUGAACAGCUUAAGUAAAAUAUAAAAUUCAUCAAUCAAAACCCUCUUAAGAGUUAAGAGUCCAGACCCCUCCGCAACUCUCAGGCUAUCUCCCCCGGAAUUCAUUUACCCCAAUUCCUUUUUCCUCUUAGAAGCUUUGGUUAGGGUUUCAAACUUGGUCUCUUGGCAAGCCAGAGAAGAAGUUCAAUCGACUCUUUUUUAUUAUUGCAUUUUCAAAUUUGCCAACUCAUCUUGCUUUUGGAUGUUGUGAGACUUAGGUUUCUCUAUUGCAGCGUUUCCAUCAUUUCUUAAAUUGGCUAUCAUUUCAUUGUUCUCACCCCGAGUAGCACAUCAGCUGAAUUUGAGAAACUGCGGUAGAAAGUUCUGUUUUCUUUCGUAUUACGUUGCCAAGCAUACUCAUGGAUCGAAAUUUGUCCGGUUUUGAAGUAUUUGUGUUUUGAAGUUCAUCUCGGGAGGUGAAAGGCGCGUUCUUGAGGUGGGAUGAAUAGUGUCUUCAAUGAAGAGAUACUGGCGGACAAGCUUUCCAAGCUCAACAGCACCCAGCAGUGUAUCGAAACACUGUCACAUUGGUGUAUCUUUCACCGGAACAAGGCAGAGUUGGUUGUAACAACAUGGGAUAAGCAGUUCCAUAAUUCACAGAAGGAGCGGAAAGUCCCAUUUUUAUAUCUUGCCAAUGACAUUCUACAGAACAGCAAGCGCAAAGGAAAUGAAUUUGUUAACGAGUUUUGGAAGGUUCUUCCUGCAGCACUCAAGGAUGUUAUUGAGAAUGGUGAUGAUCAUGGAAAGAAUGUGGUUUCUAGACUGGUUGAAAUCUGGGAAGAAAGGAAGGUAUUUGGAUAUCGUGGGGGCCUUCGAGAUUUGAUGCUUACAAAGGAGACACCUCCUCCUUUGGAGUUGAGCAAAAAACGUUCAUCGUCUGUUAGGAUUGUACGGAGAGAUUCACGCUCCAUUAGAACAAAAUUGGCUAUUGGUGGCACUGCAGAGAAAAUAGUCUCAGCAUUUCACGCUGUGCUUAAUGAACAUCCCAGUGAAGAUGCAGAUAUGAAAAAAUGCAAAUCUUCUGUCCGACGUGUGAGGAAGGUGGAGAAAGAUGUUGAAAUUGUUUGUACUAAAGUGGAGGACCCAAAGCGUACAACCUUGGCUAAUGAGCUAGAAGAAGAAGAGGCUAUUUUGAAACAGUGCAUUGAGAAACUUAAAUCAGUUGAAACAACAAGGGCAGCUCUAGUAUCUCAAUUAAAAGAAGCACUACAUGAGCAGGAAUCUGAACUGGAAAAUGUUCGCACUCAAUUGCAGGUGGCACAGGCUCAGGCAGAAGAAGCUAGCAGUAUGCGAAAGCGGCUCAGAAACGAAAAUGAUGGUGCAGCCUCCAAUCCUUCAUUGCCAACUUCAAAUUCACAAGCAGAAUCAAAUACAAAAGCCGGGGAAACACCUAAGAGGACAGUUGCAGCCAUUGCAGCUGAGGUUGCAGACAAGUUAGCAGCAUCUACCUCAUCGCAAAUGAUCAUGACUUCAGUUCUCUCAACCUUUGCAGCUGAGGAGGCAAAGAAUGCUGGUUUGGCAACUGGGGCACCACAGUCUAAUAAUACAUCUUCUAACAUGCCAGCAAAUUCGUUUUCUGAGUCAAGACCAAAACUUGAAAAGCCUAUGCCGAUUUCAAAUGCUAAUGUUUAUAUUGCUGCACAACAGCCUUCUGGUGCAUUAAGACAUCAGUAUCAAACGGUUAUGGUACAACCUUCCACACAUGCCCAAGCUUCGACUUCCCAAGUGCAAUAUCAUCAUGUACUUCCAAGCCAACCUUCCCAACAGUAUUUACAACCAUCUGGAAGUGUUAUGACUGGAGUGCCUUAUGGAUAUGGCUACCCACCCCCACCACCCCCGGCACCACCACACAUGAUGAAUCUGGCAGCACCAUUAGUUCAGCAACAGCCAGUGCCACUAACUCAGCAACAACCAAUUGUGAUGACUCACCAACCCCAAGCACAUUCUAGUUUUAGCUCACUUCAACCGCCAGGAAUGGUGUAUUACAUUCACCCUCAUCAACCUCAGUGACACCGAGUACUUUCAAGUAGGCAAAUAUCCCUCCAGUUGUGUAAACAAUUCAUUUUUUUCAAUAGAAGCAAAUUUUUGAAGAACCCUGAGAAAUUCUGUGCAAAUUGGCUGGAUGUUGAUACCGGAGCUGUUCCUUUUUCUCGUUCAGUCUGAAGUCUGAACCAGAAUCAGAAGUUAUGGAGGAUCUUAUUGUGUUUCCUCAACCAUCUUCACUGUUCUCAUCAUCUUGGUCUUUAUCUUUUAUCACUAAUUUUACCUGAGAGGUGGUGGUUUAGAAGCUGUACAAUGGAGUGCUACAAAAUUGAUGGAAGAAAACAGUGUUACCUUUUUUCACAAAUAAAUUCACUAGAUUUUUUGUGGCGAAA